UUGCAGGAAAGUCACAGAGCUUCUUCGGACCUUUUGUGAGAGCAAGAGAAUGUGCACUGACAAUGCCAACAUAAAAGAUCUCUCUCAGAUGUUAAAGAAAAUGCCUCAGUAUCAGAAGGAGUUGAGCAUGUACUCUACUCACUUGCACCUGGCUGAAGCUUGUAUGAAGAAGUUCAAGGCCUCUCUUGAUAAGCUUUGUGAAGUGGAACAGGACCUGUCAAUGGGAGCAAAUGCAGAGGGGGAAGCUCUAAAAGAUGCCAUGAAGUGCAUUGUUCCUGUGCUCCUCGACAAAGAAAUUGAGGCCUAUGACAAAAUCCGCAUCAUACUGCUGUACAUAUUCCACAAGAAAAAAGGCAUCGGGGAGGAGAACCUUGCCAAGCUCAUCCAGCAUGCAAACAUACAGGCUGACAGCAACAUCAUAACCAACCUGCAGAACCUGGGCUGUAACAUUGUAGCUGGGGGCCGCAAUGCUGGGAAAACGCUGCCAGAGCGGAAGGAGCGCACAGAGAGCACAUACCAGCUCUCUAGAUGGACACCCAUCAUCAAAGAUGUCAUGGAGAAUGCCAUAGAGGACAAACUGGACAGAAGGCAAUGGCCGUUCAUCAUUGAUCCUGCUCCUAUCAAUACAACUCAGACUGCAGUCAGCAGUGCACGUUUUGGACACUGGCACAAAAAUAAAACUCCAACAGAAUAUCGCUCCGGCCCUCGGCUUAUUAUAUUUGUGAUUGGUGGGGUGUCACACUCAGAGAUGCGUUCUGCUUAUGAAGUCACUCGAGCCACUGAUGGGAAAUGGGAAGUGCUGAUUGGGUCAUCUCACAUCCUGACUCCGACCACCUUCCUUAAUGACCUGAAGAGUCUGGACCAAGUUCCUAAUCCUGAUUGUUAGAUAGUUAAACCCUGAACAGGGAGGAUCACACUGGAAUAAAAGUUUAGUUCAGUUUCUUUCAUUUGAGAUGAUCGGUUGCUGAUCUUCUGUCACAGCAUCGUCUGACAUCUGAAGUGAAACAUGAACAGUAAUUUUAGAUGUAACUAUGGAAGGAAACAUUUGUGAUUCUUUAUUUUAUUUUAAAAUGUUAUUUUUAUUGUUUGUUGUGAAUUGGGAUCUGUAAACUUCUGUGAUUGAGAUUGUAUUCAAAUAUUUAAUUAGACAUUAAUAAUAUUUUGAUUAUUGUAUUAUUCUCAUUCAAAUUCUUAUUUUUGUUAAUGUAUAUUUGAUUUGCCUAAUUUUUUACUUUAAAUUACAUAAUUUCCACAAAACUGGAUCAUCUGACACCAAAAAUCUUAUUCAAGUAUAAUGUAGAUGUAUAUAAGUCCAUAGAAGUAUGUAUCAUACAUUCAUUGGCAUUCAAGUCUGUGAUAUCUUUUUUCCACUUGGAAAUGUCUCAACUGCUGUCUUAUGAUAUCUUUCACAUAUACUAAGUACGUUAAUAUAUUAGUGGGAGCAAGUGCGGUGGGUGUUUGUUUCAUUGUUGUUCAAAAUGACUAAUAAAAGAAACAUAAGAUUCCCUUUGAA